CUGCAGCUAGAUUGUAUCAUUUAUGGCUGAGAAACGAAGCUGCAUUUAUUUAACAUAUUUAUUAUUAGGUAGCAGAAUUUUAUUCCACAUUAAUCAAUUUAGAAUAUUUAGGUAAAAGCCAUGUAAAUACUUUUGGAUGUUUGAAAUACCGUUUAUAAAUAUUACCACUUAAAAAUGAUACUUAGCUUAGCUGCAGAUAAUUAUUUAACUAGGUCAAAGCUAAAUAUUUACUUGCCGAUAAGCAGAAGUGGACUGUCAAAAUAAAAGCAGUGUUUGUGAGCYUGUAAUAUCUGUAGAUGCAUCAGGUGACGGCUGCAAGCUAAAUAUUUAGCCUCAAACUUUAUAUUUAGUCAUAUUUUCACCAUGUUUCACAUUCAUAAAUGUCACAGUUUCAAAAUAAGCAUUUAGUUUGAAGCUUAACACUUAGUUAGCAAGUUAAAUUAGUUAACCAGUUAACUAUUUAGCUCCCAGCUAAAUAUGUAGCUCUGAACUAGCUAAACACAACAUAGUUAAGCUUAAAUCCAGAUUGACUCAGGAUGUGGCCUGAUGUGGAACUGUCUGGACAUGAAGACCAUUAACAGGGACCACCAUGCCAACUGGGAUCAUGGGAGUGGCAGCAUCAUGCUGUGGGGCUGUUUUCUGCAGGAGGAACUGGUGCACUGAAGGAGAGAAGGUGAUUUAAUCAAGACAUGAUCCAGGAAGUUAAAGACAGAGGACAAGUGGAUGUCCCUCACCAUAAACAUCAGCUGCAAAAUGUCUUCUGGACACGAGGACGAUGAGGACAGUGGUUCAGUCCAAACAUCGUCUCUGCAGCUUCACAAACACUUCCAGGAAAAAUCAUGUUCAUAAAGCAGCUUCUAUGUGCAGCAUGGAGGUGUGCGCGUUCCUCUGCAGAUGGAAGCUAUGAUGCACAGGCAGGCUGGUUCUGGUCGUCAGCAGGCCUCAGAGUGGCCUGAGGUCAGAGGUCGCCGCCUUCUGCCUGGUGGUGCCCCAGCUGACCUUCCAGACUCAGAGGAAAAGUUUUUCUCGGAGCCAAACUUUCUGGAAGAGUUUCAGGGAUCGUUCUUCUACGAAGCGUUUCAUUUCUGCUUUCUGAGCGAAGUUUCAGUUCCUCGUGUCGCUGCUGCAGACCUGGGAACCUCGCAGUUUCCAUGGAAACCUGAGAGGUCGGUUCAGGUGGAGCUGCUGGUUUUCACCUGAGGUCAGCAGGAGGUCAGCAGGAGGUCAGGUUCAGGUCAGCAGGAGGUCAGCAGGAGAUCGGGUUCAGGUGAAGCUGCUGGUUUUCUGCUUCAGCCUGAGGUCAGCAGGAGGUCAGCAGCAGGUCAGCAGGAGGUCAGCAGGAGGUCAGCAGGUCAGCAGGAGGUCAGCAGGAGGUCAGCAGGAGGUCAGCAGGAGGUCGGGUUCAGGUGAAGCUCUGCUGAUCAUUAAAUCCUCGUCUCAUAAUGAAGAAAAGAAGCUCUGAGUUCUGAUGAAAACUAAAAACUGAGAUUCUGUUUCUCCUGGUUUAGCUUCCCUCCAUCUGUUAAAUCCAGAUUAUAAUCUCAGAUUCUCACACCCAUCAAUAAUCAGAGACCUGAUUGGUCCAUCAGUCCUUCCUUCUGUUACCUUCUUCAGCAGAUUAUUGUUAUUUUAUAUCAUCAUUAUUUUCUUAUUAGCUUGUUUGCAUGUCAGUGUUCAGAUUUAUGGGAUUAAAUGAGGAAGUCAAACAAAGUUUAGACAUAAAAAUGAGUUUAUUGGGAAACGUGUUGUUUAUGAAGAGAGCUAUUGAUUAAUAAACUGAUCAUAAUGCAUUGAUUUAUCGGAGCGAGUUGAAUGAUUUUUGACAUUUGCUGUGAAUCAGCGCCGGAAAAAUAAACUGAACUGAAAACCAGUUUUCUGUUGUCCGUCAGGAUGAAGAUCCUUUUCAGAGAAAGAGGAAGAGGAGGAAGAGGAGGAAGAGGAGGAAGAGSAGCCGCUGCUUUCYGAGAACAGCUGCUGCUGCUGAACAUAUAAACGGAGCCGGCCGGACCGGUCCGGCUCACUCCCAGAACCUCCGGAACCAUGAAGAUCCAGCUGAGCCUCUGCCUCCUGGCUCUCCUCUGCUCCCUGCGGUCCAGCUCUGCAGCUCCGGUCGGACCGGGCGAGAUACUUGAUGCCUGUUGCCAAGGCAACAGCAAUACGAAGAUUCCCAAAGCGAAAGUGAAGCAGAUGAAGAACUCUGCGCUUCACUGCAGAGUCAGAUCUGNNNGAGUGACCACCGAGCAGAACAAGAAGUUCUGCCUGGAUCCCGACUGGACCUGGACAAAGGAGCUGAAAGAGUCUAGGAGAGRAAAACGGCUCCACUGAGAUCUGGAUCUGGGUCGGAACCGAGUCUACUGGAGCGGGAUUGGAUGUUUUAACGACACACUGGAGGUGCCGCUGAUAUUCUCCAUUUUUACUGCCAAUUUCUGAUUUUAUAAACUCAGUUUGAUGGAGAAUGUAACAUUUAGCAACAUUUAUUUUUUAUGAGCCAACGAGUCACUAAUCUUUAAUUAAACUUUUGUUUCUUUUUGCUUGUCAGUUGAAAACAUGUUGCUGGAAAAGUUGAUCAUGUUCAGCUCAAAGUUACUCAUUUCAUAAUAAAAGCCGUAUUUUCCUAUCUGCUGCUUCACGCUCUUAUUUUGGUGAACAUGAAAGUUUUCUGAAAUAUGUCAGUGUAGCAAGUUAAUUUUAUUAUUAUUAUGAAUAAACAUUCUCAAAACGUU